AUGGCCGUCUCAGACUCGGGCCCCCGGAAAUAUGGCAUUGUUGUGCUCGGAGCCUCUGGCUACACGGGCACGAUGGUCUGUACUCAUAUUGCGGCCAAAUUUCCCACAAACCUCAAAUGGUCAGUCGCCGGCCGGUCACGCGAGCGCCUCGAGAAGCUGGCAGCAAAGUUGAGGGACGAGUACCCGGACCGAGUACAGCCAGACCUCGAAAUUGUUGCACCUGAUGAUACUCAAACCCUCGGAGAGGUCAUUGGUAGGGCCAAGGUGUGCCUCAGCAACGUUGUUUACCCAGUUGAUGGGGACGCCGUCAUAGAAGCGUGCGUUGAGCAGCGAACUGACUAUGUUGACAUCGCCGGGGUUCCUACCCUAGUCCGGGACUGGAUCGCCAAAUAUCACGAGCAAGCCGAGGCAAACGGCGUCGCGCUUAUUCACUCGUGCGGGGCAAUGACUGGAGAGAUGGACCUUUUCGCCAUUCAUGCCUGCGAGAUGAUCAAGCAAAAGUGGUCGGCACAGAUGGGCAAGAUGACGCUACGGGUCGACGAUCUUGACCCCAACGUGAGUGGCGGUACCCUGCGGACUAUGCUCUCAUUUGCCAGCGGGGGCCCGAAAGCCAUCGCCGCAGCCGGGCACCCGUCGUUGUUGACGCCGCCCGCAAGUCCCUACACGAAACCCAUCGAGACGAUCCGCGGGUUCCACACGCACCCCGUGCUCGGGCUGCUCACUCUCUCCUCGCCCCCGGGCGACCAGGCUCGCACCCUUAUCAACAGGUCCUGGGGCGUCCUGGGCGGGCCCAAGAGCAGCUGGGGCCCCAACUUCCAGUAUAACGAGUAUGAGAGGGCUCAUUCGUACCCAGGUGCCAUUAUCAACCUAAUCCGAUGCUGGUUCAUUCUCUCUAUGUUCUCCAUGGUCCAGUAUACGUGGUUCAGGAACCUUAUUAUGCGCUCUGCGCCGGAGCUGGGGGCCGGGCCGUCUGAGGAGCAGGUCAAGAGCCUACCAUUCACUGCCGCGGCUUUUAUCGAGGCUGACCCUGUGGUGGAGAAGAACCGCGGCAAGGGGUGUCUGAUCAAGCUGAGGUACCAGGAGGGCAACUACCCCUUUGCUGCCAUGCUUAUGGCCCAGGCGGGUGCUACGCUGCUGUACGACCGGAACCUGUCGGCUGGUAUUAAGGGUGGGUGCCUGACGGCUGGGGUCUUGGGCCCGGACUUCGUGGAGAGGACCAGGCAGGGAGGUCUCGAGAUCGAGACGACCAUGAUUGAGAAUCUGCAGCAAUAG